GUUACGAUUAAACCAUGUCGACAAAUCGCAUUCAGAAACUACUGUUUUCCGAAUAUUGUGACUUCGAAGAUAUGGUUCUGGUUGAAAGUCCGUUCGCGGAAACAAACAGGGAAGGAAACGGCUUAAGACAAGUUCAUCUAGGUUUAACUCCAUCAAAAUUAGUAUUGGCUACGGAUAUUCUACCUUUGGCAAAUCAUUCCUCAAUUUUAUUUGUACCCGGACUGGAUCCAGAGAUCGAAACACUUGAAUUAGUUGCAGUUUAUCCCAUAGACUGUGUAAAUUUGAGUGUAUUUCACAGAAGAAAGCGGCAAUCAUUAAAAGCUAGAUUUUGUAAUAACAAAGUGAUGUAUUUCGAGUUGGGUGGAUUUGAAAAGAGAAACAUGUUUUGGAAUUUAUGGUGUGAAAUUAAAUUUCUAAGUCCAGAAGACGCCAACUUUUCGCAUUCUGAAACAUCAGUGGCAACUUCGACAAGUAACAGUACUUUAUAUUUAGUGUCUCAUAAACGAUAUACUAAUGGGGGUGCUUCGCAAGUUUGGUGUCAAUACGCUGGUGGAGACUUUGCAAGGAAUGAUCCACCAAAAUGGCCUGAUAAACACCUUUAUCUAGGACAAGAUUUGCAUGACUCUCCUAUGAAAUACAAACCAAUUCAGUUACCACCAUCAGAGGAAGAUUUCUUAAGACGUAAAUACGAAGAAACGCAAACAAUUGCUACCGAGAAAACAUUCUCCACUGGAUUAUCACGCGAAUUAAAUCAACCACAAACGGCAAUCAACCGAUUCUCGGCAGGCGUUAAAGAAAAUUGUAAUACAGGCCUUUUCUUACCAGCCGAACGCGGAAAAAAUCAGCAUGCAAUUCUGGACUUACCUGCAAAUUCUUUAUCAACUUGUAAUCUUCAGCUGGAUCCGGCGUCCUCGCUUGAUGUGCAUUGUCUUCACGCGUUGAUCCACAAUCAACCAUACAACUUCAUUGAAGUUGCUAAUAGUGCUGUUCGUUUAUGGGAGAUGCAAAAUAGUAAAACCAGCAUAAAUCUGCGUGGAAAACAUCGACGAAGAUAUGCAUUAGCUCCUCAACCGCAUUUCUACCGCGGGCUGGGGCCAUGGUGCGUGAAUCAGGGUGAGCGCUUCACGUUACAGAUGAAGCGAGCCGUUUCCAUGGUAUCUAUUAAUCGACAACCAAUUGAAUCAGAGCUGAGAUUAUCUAUCUCACGCAGACAAUUAAUCGCUUCGAUUUCAUACGAUGAUCUUAAUAAUACUAAUACCAUCCGGAACUGUCAUAAAUCGCCGGUGAUCUUUUUCUGGACAACAGAUUAUUGGUACCGACCCUUGAGCGCCCGCGAUGCGUAUCAAGAAUUACAGGCGCAUUUGUGUAAAAUUCACGAGUACCAUCAAAUUAAAAACACUGCCAAGACACACGGGGGCAAUUUUAGGAAGAAACAGAAACUAUCCGAUAGUUUUUCGACACUGUACGACUCUGAAUAUGAAUCACCAAGUUAUUACCAGAAAGUGAAAAGAGCAAGAAAGGAGUCGAUUAUGAACAAAAUAAUUCCAAAAAGGAUUUCUUACCCUUCUUCAAGUAGUGAUCUACACACAGAAACGUCCGUUCAGUACCUUAAACGAGUAUUGCGAAUGGAAAUCUCGUUGUCUGCGUGGGACUUCGAUUCGAACAUCCUUGCACUUCAAUUGACUCUCAUUGAUAGAGAUUUGUUCAUUAAGAUAAUCCCUGAGGAAUUAUCUAUUUUAUUAUGGCAGCAAUCUUCAAAGAAUGCGUCUAAUAUUAGGGCUCUUCUCGCCUUCUCACACAGGAUUAGCUCGUUAGUUUGCACGGAGAUUUUAAAAGAUGACACCGAAAAGAUACGUGCAAGAUUAAUCACGCGAUUCAUCAAUGUGGCUGAAAAAUGUAAUAGUAUUAAUAAUUAUCAAUCGUGUCGGAGUAUUUUAAGCGGAUUGCAAUCACCGCCGAUUUAUCGUCUGCAUGCUACAUGGCAUUAUGUGAGGAAACGACACUCAUCACGCUACGAAGUGUUUGAGAACUUGUGCCGGCUGUAUCGAGACACUAGACUUCCAACAUUUCAAAACUCAUUCCAUCAUGCAACAAAAUCACCCAUUUAUAUGCCAUUUAUUGGUGAUAUCAUAGCCAAACUAUUGGAUAUUGUCCCAUCCGAAGGAAACAACUACCGGCAAUUCUCAAACUUGUCGUCUACGUUAAAUACAACUACAACUUCCAUGGAUUCUAACACUUUAGGUUUAAAAGUAUCAGUAAAAUGUAAACAUCAACACCAUACUAAAAUCGAACAAACACAGUCAUUGUUUAAGAAAAUCUUAAGUUCGUUAAAAGUAUGGCAUGCUGACGAUAACAAAACAAGUUCCAAAGAAUCGAAAGAGUCGUUUAAAACUCACCAUAACUCUGAUUAUGAAACUGUUGCACAUCGUUACAAAGAACUAUACUACUACGAGGACAACCGCCAGGAACGACUCAAAGAGUGUAUGCAGCAGCUGGUAAUUCAUCAAAGCGCAGCCGCCAGAUAUAACUAUGCGCACAACGAUCUAGCAAGAGAGUAUUUACUCAAGGCGCGCUACAAGGAAGAUCAGGAAAACUUCAUGCAGUCUUUUUCUAUUGAACCUUCCUUGCUAGGAUUUGACAUGUAAUUAUAAUUUAAUAACAAGUAAUAAAAGUAUCAAAAUUACGAUAAAACAAA